AUGAAAAGAAGAAGCGAUGCUUUGUUGGGAAGUUUCCAGGCCACCAACGUUACGCCGCCAAGCGAUAAUAGUAAUAGUACGGCCGGUGGAGCCAAUGGAAGUAACUCAGGAACACCAACUUCUACUAGCGGUAAGAAGAGAAACAAGCUUAUAAAAUCUUGUGGCUUUUGCAGAAGGAGAAAACUUCGUUGUGAUCAGCAAAAACCUAUGUGUUCUACAUGCAUUUCUAGAAACUUAACAACCUGUCAAUAUGCUGAAGAAUUCAACAAAAACAUCGAAAAGAAAGCUACCUAUGGUCCCUAUCCUAACGCCGAUUUACUUAAGAAAGUUGAAGAACUAGAAAACAAAAUACGUAUUCUAGAAGCUGAAAAAAACACUAAUUCGUCUGCGAGCUCCAUGUACACUUCGCCAAAUUUCCCUCCUUUAGGCACUAGUGUAGGUAGAGGUUCUACUGAAACUUCAUCUCCAUUACCCGAUGGUGUAAUAAAUCCAUAUGCCGACCGGUACUACCUACAAAGUAAACAUUCCGGAAGAUCAACACUAUACGGCCCCACUUCUAUGAGAACCCAAAUUGCAAAUAGUAAUUGGGGGUUCAUUGAAAAAUAUAAACAAUUAUGGGCGAAGGUUAAAGUAGAAAGAAAUAAAUGGAAGCAAAACAACCAAAAAACGAUGUGCAGGGAACUAGGCCUUUUGGAUGAGUCGGAUUGGCAGCCAGAUCCAUUAAUCAAACAGAUAUGUCGUUUCCUACCAUCAUAUAACAAAGCUUUGUCUAUUUUAGAUGAUUUCUUUAAUGAUGGAGCAUGCAAUGAGAUCAACGUGAUUCUUGAUAAGGCAAAAGUUAGAAGAGACUUUUUAGAUUAUUUCAUGCCCGAAAAAGAGGUAAAGGCGGAAGGUGACAGAUCCAUAGUUUAUAUUUUAUCCAAUCCAAAGAAAAAUUAUUACAAAGCUGCUGUGAUACUAUUAAUCCUAUGUCUGAAAUACUUCCAUACAGAUGUCCCAACCCCAAUUGAGAAGUUCUUUACUUUACUAAAGGGGGCCUCCACCGCUAAGGUGUUCUACAUUGAGCGUGCACAAAUGUUAAUACUUUUCUACUACCAUCGUGAAACAUAUUCAUUCGGUGGAGAUGGCUCCGAUUUGGUUAAUAUAAAUGAAUGUUUAGUUACUACGGUUACUACAAUAGGGUUGCAUUUAAACAUUAGAGAAACUUUCAAGGAACAUGAGGUUUUUAUGGGUAGCAUCGAAAGUUUAGAAAAUGUCUGGUUAAUGGCAAUAUUUAUCGAUUAUAACAUAUCUUGUAACGUUGGUAGACCCUUAUUGAUUAACAAAUUUUAUCUAGACGAAAACCAAGAUCAUUGCAUAUUGAAUAGUAAAAGUAAAACAUAUGAGGGGAAGCUGAAAAGAUAUUUAAAACUUACAAGGCCAAUGUUGUUAACUCUUUAUGAUAGAGAUAAAUUCCCGGAUUUGAAAGCUUAUUCCAAGCGAAUUAUCAAUUUUGUAGAAGAAGAACUUGGUCCACUUGGACAUUACACAGGUGAAAAUAUAUCGGAAGAAGUUCCAUUAAGGGAAAGUAGAAUUUUAAGUAUGGCAGUCGGACUAUUAUUGUCGUUUUAUGCACUAAUACAUUCUGUGCUGAAAGUCAGAAACAUAGAAUCCAAAAAUAAUACGUUUCAAUUGGUUUUGAUCAAUUUUUCCAUCAUUGUGAAUACCACAAUUCGAUGCUAUCGUAUCGACAAAGCACUUUACCCAGAGAAAUUCGAAGCCUCCAACCCGCACUUACCGCCACAUAUGGCGUUAUCAAUGAGCCUCACGGCAGGGCUUUUUUCCAAAACAUUGGUGUUUUUUUGUUCUCUGAUCUACUUUAAGUUGACGCUUUUCGAAAAUGGACUAUGUCUAUCCAACGAUAUGGAAGUUGGAUGGUCGGAUUUGACGAAAUUGACUGUUCCUUUAGACAAGGAUCUAUCUUUAGGUACAGCAAUGAGCUUGUACUCGUCAAUCUUCGAUCGCUUGUUCACGGUCGGAAAUAAAGAAUUAAUACGCACAAUGCAUAGAUCAUCACAAUUUGUGAUAGAGCUAGCUAUUGAAAGGACCUAUAGGACUAUUCUUGGCAACGUUAUUGAAUUCAGAAAGUUGACCGAGGAAACAUGGCUAGCACAAAUCAAACAAGAACUAGAUCCGCAGAGCGAUAAUCCAUCAUCAGAAGCUAAAAUUGUGAGUGAUAGGCAGCGGGAUCUCAGCCUUGCAGUUCCAACGCCCACGCCCUCAAUAAUUCCAAUGUUACCCUCGCCUGGUGAAACUAAGAACCAUGCAAAGAGUCAAUCAGAGAUCAUUCAGAUGCUGACAGAUGAAUUUUGGGCAAAUUAUAACUCAGGCUGGGAAGAGUUGAUUAAUCAAUCUGAAUUUUCCACUCUUUUCGAUGAUUACAAAGACAAUUAA